UUCAUGUAUGUUAUUAGUUCACAGCCACCACAAUAAAGCCAUGGCCAUCUGAGCGUCUUCCUCCCUGCAACUCUUCAAUGGCGGAAAGCAGGUCAGCGGCUCAGCGGCUCUACCUCUCCGUGUACAACUGGGUUAGCUUCUUCGGAUGGGCGCAGGUGCUAUACUAUGCAACCUUGGCACUGUUAGGCGGUGGGCAUGAGACUGUCUAUGCUGCUGUCAAGCUGCCGCUGCUGUUCUCACAAACUGCAAUGCUAACAGAGAUUCUUCAUUCUAUUCUAGGGUUUGUGAGAUCUCCAGUCAUUGCAACUUCUACCCAAGUUUGUGCAAGAACCUUAGUUACCUGGGCCAUCGUGUGGACCUAUCCUGAGACACAUUCUCACAUCCUCAUUACUUCCUUGGUCUUAAGCUGGUCCAUCACUGAGUUGAAUGCAGGUCAUCAGAUAUUCAUUCUUUGGUUUGAGGGAGGCAUUUGGAAUUACACCUUUCUGGCUCCUAUGGCUCAGGUACACCACUUUCACGGUGCUCUACCCUAUUGGGCUUAUCAGCGAGGUUGGCUUAAUCUUCACUGCCAUGCCUCACAUGAAGGGAAGUCUACUAUUAAUAUGGGUUCCUUUAACCUUUCUCUACAUUCCAGGAUUCCCCUACAUGUACUGUUACAUGCUCUCCCAGCGGAAGAAGGCCUUGUCGAAGGCGAAAACCGCAUAACCUAGCUAAUACUACUCCGCACGAGCUUCGCCAGCCCCACAAUAACCAGUGUAUCUCGAGGAUGCACUCAACACCUCAUGUUAGUUCUUCUAAAAAAGAGGAACCUUAUGGACCGUAGAAUGUUAGAAUAUUAAGAGCAUGGCUGUAUCAAGGAAUAUCAAUUAGCUUUUCCAUUGUUAAACAGAAAUAAAAUCAUAAGAGGGGACACUGCUUCUAAAAAGCUUUUGAA